AUGGACCUCGUACGUGCGUUUAAGCCAGUCAAAGUCCUAAGCCAUGAUCCCGUGGCUCAUUCCAUCGUACUACUAGGCACGACGAGCCACGCUCAUGGAGACCAGGCGAUCCUUAUCCUCAAAAAGACUUCGUUUUCACUGGACUCUAUCGAACAAAUCGCGUGGGAGAAACUGGAGUCUCUAGAGUCCAACGAUAUCUAUCACAUUCUACUCGGAUGGCUCGACACGAGUCGAACAGACCCCGAUGUCAAGCUUGAUCUUAUAUGCCCCGCCACUGAGACGCAUAUCCGCAAGGCAGGCAGUGACGCCAAGGAGCUCAAGCUAGUCCGGGAAACCCCAGAACUCUACGAAUCCAUCGUCCGACCGUACAUCGAUUCAUUUCCUUCAGAACGCACCAACUGGGUCCGUAACAUUCUAACAUACAAGACCGAGUCUGAGAAGCUCCUCUACGAUUGCCCCGAUUUUGUUAUUCUCCCCGACUUCAAAUGGGACAUCAAAGAUGUUAACACUCUCUAUCUUCAAGCUAUAGUACGUGAUGGUACCAUCAAGUCGCUAAGAGACAUUCGCUAUUCGCAUCUUGCAAUGCUUCGGCAAAUACGAAGCCAGGCCACCAAGGUCGCAGCUAAAUGGGGGAUAGAAUCUGGUGGACUGAGACUCUAUGUGCACUAUCAGCCAUCUUACUAUCAUUUCCAUGUCCAUAUCGUUCAGGUUAACUACACAGGAUUCCCAGGAACCAGUAUAGGUCAAGCGCAUCUCUUAGAUGAUAUUAUCUCGCUCCUAGAGGUACACGGGAAUCUGCAGCCUCCAAUUUUUCAAAAACUGGCUCUUUCCUAUACGCUUGGUGAGAUCCCAGCUUGGGAGGCCUGUGGGCGAAUUGUCUCACAGGAAAUGGCCGAUUUUUGGGAGUUUGUGCUUCAUUAUCACUCUUCGUGCUGUACAAUCGCUCGAGAGCUGUCGCCAGUCGCAGACGGAAAGCUCUCGCUGCGCGAAUCGGCGUACAGAGACCUUGAAGCGGACAGCAAACUAAGCGCCAGAGACUGGCUGCCUCCUUUGACCACUACCACGAGCAUGGGCGACAUUGAUGAGCUGCCAGAUUAUCCAGAGGGGGAGGAUAACGCGCCUCUAAUGCUUCUAGCACUCGACGGCGGCGGGGUCAGAGGAGCGAGUGAGCUGGUCAUCCUCGAAGAACUCAUGCACAGAAUACGCUUCAAGAUCUGGACAAAUCAGAAGAAGCAAAACCCGAGGUUGAAGUUCUCGCAAGUACCUGAACCUAAGCCCUGCGACUAUUUUGAUCUCUGUGGAGGCAUGUACUGUACAUCGACAGGGGGUAUCAUCGCCAUUUUACUUGCAAGGCUAAGGUUACCAGUCUCGGUCUGCCUGGAAAUCUACGGGAAACUCUCACAAGACAUAUUUCCCCCUGCAAGCUACCUUUCGAGUAUACUGAACUACAAGGGACUCGUCCAUUCGCGCUUCGAUCACAGAAUCUUGACGAGGGCCAUCCAGGACACCCUUUCUUCCUGUGAUCUGGUCGAUUCUCAGGACCGUCGUCCAGAUGCGCCUCUUCUAACAGAAAAAUCUGGACCUGAAAGGCGGUGUCAUGCCUUCGUGACUGCAACACCAUACAAUGCCGCACAGCGGAACCAACCGAGACUCUUUAGAACAUACCAAGCAAGGUCAAAUGUACAAAUGAACGGCGCCUCGCCAAUGAUUUGGGAGGCCGCGAGGGCUACGAGCGCCGCACCAACCUUCUUUGAUCCUAUAACCAUCAAGCUCGGCGAGGCUGAAGAGACGUUUGUCGAUGGUGGCUUUGGCUGCAAUAACCCAGUAUUUCAAGUACUGCAGGAGGCACAGAAUCAGUUCCCUGGUCGUCAAAUUGGUUGUCUUGUUAGUAUCGGUACAGGAAUGCCGGCCGUGAGAGAAGUCCGUGACUCCGAAAAUGUCAAUAUCUUUCAACGUAUGGCCUUUUCUCUGACUCAGGCAGCCGACCAGAUCACGGUGUAUGAGAGGAUUGCUACUACAUGCGAGGUGGCCCAUCAGGAGAUGUCAAAACGCGCGCUACGUGACCCCGAUCUCGAGGGGCGAUACUAUCGAUUCAACGUUCAGCAAGGUACGCAGUACAUGUCGCUGGAGAGGUGGGAUAUGCUUGGUGAACUGCGUGUUUACACGCAAGCGUAUAUUGAGAGCCAAGUGAUUGGAGGAACGACUGUCAAUUCACAGUUGCAAAAGCUCGCCGGUAUUUUAUAUGCGCAUCGACGGCUACGUGCGGGUGAAGUGAUACGGUGA